CCAGCAACACUGCUAACAAUGGAAGCAAUGGAAAACCCUGAUGAGGUGGACUGGUCCCAUGAGAGGGAACGGCUGAAGAUGAGAACUGCUGUUUUAGAGGAGAGUGUCAAGGCCUGUGAAGUGGAAUGUAAAGCCAGCAGAGAGACAGUGCUGAGGCUGGUUUCAGAGCUGGAGAGGGAGAGGAGGAAGACAGCCAGCAGUGUAGCAGCACUCGAUACACUCAAAGUGGAAUUAGACGGUGUGGAGAUGGAAAAGAGGAGUGUGGAGUCGGAGAAGCAGACUCUGACAGAAAGGCUGGAGGCUGCGAAGAGAGUCAUUGAGGCUGCUAGAAGCGAAUCCGAGUGUCUGGAUAAACAGCUGGAGGAAGUUCACAAGAAACUCCAGACAAGCCAAGACGAGACCCAGAAGGCAGAAGGAAACCUGCAGACGUUCCUACAAAAGGCGGCUGCUGUUCUGCAGGGGAACUCUGACGACGCUGUGCUCCCCACAGAGGAUAAUGUUCUGCACACAGUGGACAGCCUCUGCAAUAAGAGACUGUCAUCAAUGCAGGCAAUGCUGAGCGAGCAGACAGAGCUGCACCAUAAAGCCCUGCAGAGAGCUCAGCUGGCAGAGGAGCAGGUUCAGGACCUGAGGAAGAGGCUGCAGUGUGCUGAGAUGGAGCUGCUGACAGCACACAUGCAUCGUGACAGACUGCGACUCAACAAUCAGCACUAUGAAGAGUUUCUGGAGCAAGUGUCAGCGACACUGAAGGUUGAAAGUAUUGCUGUGGAUUUAGGGUCUGACAUGAGACUAAAACUCAUCCUGUCUCGUGCAGAACAGCUUGUAAAGCAGGAAGGAACUGCUCUAGUGGAGAGCAAAUCGAUGACAUGCAGCUUACAGCGAAAGUUAAAGUCCCAGAAGGACCAGCUGGAGAGCAAAGGCCUUCACGUGCAGCUCCUGAGGAAGAAGGUGUCCGAGCUGGAGGAAGAGAGGAGGAGUCGCUCAGCUUUGGCUGUAGAGAGAGAUGAUGCACAGCUGGAAAUCCGACGACUGCUGAAGAAAGUGGAGCGUCUUCAAGCUGAAAUGAGGACCACCAAGGCGUCCAACACUGAGCUCAGGGCCCAGCUUGUUCACACCAAUGAGCUGAAGUUGAAAGUGGUGGAACAGAAUCAGACCGUUCAGGAGCAGAAAAAGAAACUGGAUCAGCUGGAGGGGAGGAAGGCCAAGGUGGAGAAGAAGCUGAGCACGGUGAGCUCAGAUCUGAAGAGCCAAGAGAAGAAGAGCAGAGAAGAGCAGCAGCAACUGAGCAGCCUCCGACAGAGUCUGGAUCAGCUGUUGGACCGACAGACGGCGUUGUUAGAUUUCCGGACGGUGGUUUCCCAGAUGAUCGGCCUUGACACCUUGUCGUUAGCACUUCCAAAUUCUGAGAUCCUCCAAAUACUGGAGAGCAUUCUUCACACUCAUCACUGCCAUCAUCAUCGCCACUGUUGUGACAAACAGACGUGGUUGUGUCCUGCUCACCAGAGGCCUCAUCUGGCCCAGAUCCAGCAUCUACCUGACUCCUCCUUGGAUACCUCUACCUUCAGGUCUACAGCUCUCCCUCAUGAAACCUAGACUGAUUAUGUCUGCUUCUUCUCCAAGGUAUUUAAGGGUUCAGUGUGUGUUAUUUAGUGACAUGAGGUGCCCUUUCAGUUCCCUGUCAGCUGAAUAUCCCAUCUGGUGUUGGAACGGAUCUCCAGGAUGACCUGCUGUUAUUGGCUGUUACACUGUU